GACACCCAGAUGGGAGGAGAGUGAGGGUGAGGGCGGCGGGGAAGCAACGCCCCUUAGCCUGCCACUCCCGCCCCGCCUACGUGACCUGCACCUUUAAACCUACUCCUUCCUAAACUGGACCCCGGAGGCACCACCCACAUCCGUAUAACAUCACUUCCUUCAGGGGUAAAGGGAAAGAAAAAUCUGGGAACGCGACGGGAAGGCACGCUCGGGGGAGCCGCGCGGAGCUGCUGCUGCGACUCAGCCCUGCGUCUGCUCAGUCUCGGGGCCCCGCUCACCCGCCACCAUGGAGCUGCGGCCUCGUCUCGGGGCCACCUGUUUGCUGAGCGUCAGUUUCCUGCUCCUCCUCACCUCUUCUGCUGGACAUACCGGGCUUGGAAACGGUUUUGGAGAUCACAUUCAUUGGCGAACACUAGAAGAUGGGAAGAGAGAAGCAGCUGCCAGUGGAUUGCCGCUGAUGGUGAUUAUUCAUAAAUCCUGGUGUGGAGCUUGCAAAGCUUUGAAACCCAAAUUUGCAGAAUCUACUGAAAUUUCAGAACUUUCCCAUAAUUUUGUUAUGGUAAAUCUUGAGGAUGAAGAAGAGCCCAAGGACGAAGACUUCAGCCCUGAUGGAGGUUAUAUUCCACGAAUCCUUUUCCUGGAUCCCAGUGGCAAGGUGCGUCCUGAAAUCAUCAAUGAAAGUGGAAACCCCAGCUACAAGUAUUUCUAUAUCAGCGCUGAGCAAGUUGUUCAGGGGAUGAAGGAAGCUCAGGAGAGACUCACGGGUGACGCCUUCCGAGAGAAACAUCUGGAAGAUGAGUUGUAAUACGAAUGCAUCACUUGUUUCAUCGGUUAGUGAUCUGGAAGGAGAGCAGCAGGGAAGGGAAUAUUGAAGAAUCACUCAGAACAAUGGAAUAAACCAGGGAAACUCGCCUCUGCCGGCGGAGAGUGUGCUCCCCCGGAAGAGCUCUGCUCUCGGAAGCCAGUCUCCAGGAGCCCACCUCCAGCAUAGGAAGGCAGAUUCCUUUUCCUGCCCCCUCACCUAAUGCUUAUUUUUCUUGGUGAAGAAAGACACCUUUUUUACACAAAAUGAGCCAUUUGGAGGUUUAUGCCUCACAUUUAAGUAUUUCAAAUUGUUCACCUUGGUGGUGAAAGCAGACCAGUAACCUCUUUUCUAUAACAUUUAAAGUGGUGGCACAGAUAGCUUGACCUUCAAACCAGAAACCCUCAGUGUAAAUCAGUUAUUCUACCCCCACCAAGGAGACCAGCCUGUUUCUUCUCUCUCCUUCACGAACCCUUGCACUUGCUUCAGUUCCUGCUCGGGUCGCUUGCAUGUUCCUGUGCUUGCAGGGACCGUGUGGACUCGGCCCUCGCUAGAAGGAUGAGUCUCAGACCGUCAAGCCCUAGUGGAACCUUCUUUGUCAAGUCAUCAGCUGUAUUUUUGUACUGGGGUUAAUGACAAAAAAAAAAUUGUAAACUUUAAUAAA